CGCCUGACGACCGAGGUCGAGGCCCUGGAGAAAGACACGGGCGUGCGGUUGCGCGUGCUCGCGCAGGCGUACCCGCAGACGCCGGGAUUGGCGGUGAAGGAGUACUGGAACGUGGACGACGACACCGUCGUCUUCGUCGCCGAUCCGGGCUUGGGGAACAUUUUAAACUUUAGCGUCGGUGGGAAUCUCGAUUUAGAGAUCCCGCCCUCGUUUUGGACGCGGUUGGCGAAUAAGUACGGCACGAAGUUUUACUGGAGCGAACGC